GUGAUUGUAGAGCUUUCCAAAGAAAACAGCAAUAGUAUCUUGUAAAGAAGGGUAAGCAACUCUACCAAGAAGCCAGGGCGGCUCCCUAAAAUAUUCAGGGAUUUCUAGCUUGAGAAAAGGUCAGGUCAUAGAGAAUGUGAUAGAGGAGUAUAAAGUGAGCAUGGCAUGGAUCCGUGAAUGAAGAUGAAGGAUGCGAGGUUUCAGACAGACUGAAGGAGAUCACUUCUUCACAAUACACAUAGGGAAAACGGUGGAAAUCCGUACCUCAGGAUAUGCUGAUGUCUACUAAUGCAGGUGGUGUUAGAAAAGGAUUUGAUAGAUUCACAGAAAAUUCAGCUACUAGUUAGUAUUUAUUCCAUUAUCAGAAGUGGGAUGUCCUGCUUUCUAUAGGCAGCUGGGUGGCUACUGUGUGAAUGGAGUGCAGAACUAGAUAACCUUUGGCCUGAUCCACAACUUAAAUAUUUCCAGUUAAAAUUUGUUGAAUGAUUGAUCCCAGUGUUCCUCUCUGAUAGAAGCAGCCAAUGUGGCUAAGUUUCACUUUUUUCCAGUCUGAACCUGCGGUUUAUCAUUUAGCGCAAUCAAAGUGUUUGUAUUUUUAGUGAUACACAUUCUAUUAAAUCAAAAUAGGUGUUUAUAUAAACACUUCAAUCUUUAUGUAUUGAUGGGGUGUUGUAUCUGUGCUUCUGAGUGACAACACAGAUGCUAGCCAAUUGAUGCUUGCACAGUUGGCCUUUUUCUCAGUUUAAACCAAAUCCAUGUUGCAGACUUUCAAGACUGUUUUCUUCACUCUCCUGAAGAAGCAUUUCUGCCAAAUGCAGUACCUAAUACCCUUAUUUCCCAGUACAUUUUAUGACAUGGAUUCAAAAUCAUUGCAGCACAAACAUCUUGUAUCAAAUAAGUUCUCCAGCAACCCAGAUCACAAAGAAGGACAAAACGGAGAUGAAGAGAUGGUUGCGGAAAUCAUGGGACGAUGUUUCUCUCCUUCGGUGAUAACCAUCGAAGCCUGGGAAGGAUUUAAUUUUGUUGGCCACAAGAUAAAGAUUAGAGAAGGCACUGAAAGUUAUGGAGCUGUGGUCUGGUCUUCGGCUCUUGUUCUGUGCCACUUUUUGGAAACAAAUGUGAAAUCAUAUAACAUGGUUGACAAAAAUGUUAUUGAAAUUGGAGCGGGAACAGGUUUGGUCUCCAUAGUAGCCAGCAUCCUUGGUGCUCGUGUGCUCGCUACAGACCUGCCUGAACUGAUAGGAAACCUUCGGUACAACAUUCUCAAAAACACAAAGACAAGAUGCAAACAUGAACCCCAGGUGAAAGAACUCAUUUGGGGGUUUGACUUGGAGAAGAACUUUCCCAAGUCUUUAUGCUGCUUUGACUACAUCUUGGCUGCUGACGUUGUCUACCACCACCCUUACUUGGAGGAGCUGCUUCAGACCUUUGACCACUUGUGUACGGACAACACCAUCAUCAUUUGGGCUAUGAAAUUCAGGCUGGAGAAAGAGAACCAGUUUGUGGACAAAUUUAAAAAGCUGUUUGACCUGGAAAUAAUGGCUGAUUUCCCCAGCUUAAGUAUAACCCUGUUUAAAGCAAUGAGAAGACGCAGGAUGAAAUAGUGUCUGAUUACUCCUCCUUGAUGGUUAAUUAGUUUGUUGCUAAUAAAAACUAUCUGAUGCUUAGCAACGUGUAGCUCAGCUUAGAGCUCUUGCUGAUAUGUGGAUUUUAAGUCUGAAAAAAUUACUGGAACACUCAAACAUUUGAUCCUCUAAUUGCAGUUGUACGCAGUACAAUCCUGCACCGUAUGAUCCUCAACACACCCAAUUUCAGACCCAAAGCAGACUUGGGGGCAGGAAGACUUGGAGCAUGAUGACAUAUUUUAAUUUACUAUACAGGAGGGGGAAAAAAGAAAAGACAAAGUGCAGGCUUCAGGCUUUCAUGGCAGAAGCCACACUUUCUCAAAUGAGGAUUUCUGGCUUGCCUUAUGGUUAAGCAGAGUGAGGCAAUUGACCCAGAAGGCAGAUCCAGAUGAACAGAAAGAGCAGCCCUUUGGAUCUACCUCUUGAGCCCAUUUGUACUCGCAUAAGAGCAAAACACUUCAGAAAACCUGAACCAGCUCCUGAUUUAUUUCAGCCUCACAUUUAUAGCUUUCUGUGCAGAGAUUUGAUCCCAUUCAUACUUGCGUCAUGCAUCUUUUCAGAGAUUCUUCUAAGUUAAGCAGGGUGGGAUAAAAGAUCACACAUGUGUAUUCGUACUUGCACACAUUAUGUUGGGGGGGGGAACCCUCUCAGUUGCGGCUUGUGUGCCAUUCUCCUUAAGUACUUCUCCUGUCUUUUCUGUUACUGAUUUAUUUAUUUAUUUAAAACAUUUUUACCCUGCUUUUCUCCCUAAAAGGAACCAU